UGUUGUCGUUUCUUGAGCAUACGCUGUAGCGAGUGUCAGCUGACAGCGCCAUGUGACAGUGCUCCGUGGGGGAUAGUAGUGUGAGUGUAAGACAUCUUUUGCGGAAUUUGCUGCAGGUGUUAAGUAAAAAAGAAAGGCUAUUGGUUAGACUCGAAGUGCUUAAGUUUACAACGCUGAUCAUUUUUAAGAACGGUUGUGAUUACCGUUGAAAACUGACACACUGAUAAGAAGACCAACUAGGUCACAGUGUCAUCACGUGUGACACCCUCCAUGGAAAUAACACAAAGUUUGGAAGAAGAUCCCCUUAUUGAUGGUCCUAUUGUUCCAAAUGAUCUUCUAGAUUCUGCAAUCCGACCCCAGUUUAAAUCUUUGCACACAUCAUGGAUUGCGAUUCUUCUGUUACUUUUACAUGUUUCGUUUACAGGAUUGUCUUUUGUAUUGAUCGUGUUUUGCACCAUAAAAGAAAAGAAUGCACAAGACUGUAAAGAGUAUAUCCAUGAUUUUGAUACUCAGACUAUUGUCUGCAUUGGAAAAGUUUCUUUGUGGCUCAUAUUUGCUGUUUUUGAGCGCUACGUGCAGCACCAGCAUAGCCAAACCAGGAAUCGGGGCUAUCUCUUGUUUUACCGCUCCACGCGACAUCUCAAGCACCUUCCCUUACUAAUUCUCAGUACAGGAAAUGCUGCCCUUUUGCUUAUACUGUCUGUAAAACGUUCUUUUGACAGAGAUGAUCAUUUAUAUACUUACCUCAUAUUUGGAGUGCUUGCCCUGGAGCUUUUCUUUUCUGCUCUCAGUCUUAUCAUUUAUGCAGUGAAAGUGUGCAAGUUUAACAACGAAAAACCCGCCCCAGACAUCAGUCAGGAAGAACGAUCAAAUACCUAUUCAAGUAGUAGAAUCCUCACAAGCACAGAGACUGGAUUUAGAGACAGCUCUAGCUUGGAAGAAGUUGUGGAGAAGCAAGCUGAUUUGAUUGAAUACCUAAAGCAGCACAAUACUUUGCUUAGCAAGCGCCUUCUCUCCAUAGCAGCCCAACAAAUACGAUACUGAAAACGCCAGUGCUGAUGUAACAGGAAAAACAGCGGUGCUUUUUUGGGAAUUAAUAUUAGUUAUGCAUUAAAAUCAAACUGAGCAAAUUUCAUAACUGAUUCAUUUACUUAAUUGCUGAAUUAAUUUAUAAAUAUAAUUGUAAUCCUAUUCAUACUGGAAAUAUAUUUAAUUUUGCUCUAAUGUGAGAGGUAUUAAUAUUUGGUACACACCAAAUGGUAUGUUUUGGUAGCCUCUACCAAAUAAUGAAGAUUUUUUAUAAAUGGCCAGUUUAAGGGUUGGGGUGGGCAUUGUUCCUUAUUAUAAACAAUUGUUAGAAAUUUUUGAAAUUUUCUUUGUUGUAUGUGUAUGUACAUGUAGAAUGAUGUUACUUGUGUCAGUUGAAAUUAUUUAAAAUGUUUGACCAUUUUGCAGUAAUGUCAAACCUGUUUAAAGAUUUUUCUAUUUAUACCUGUGUUAUGGUGGUAAGGAAAAAAAGGGUCAUAAUUUAAGAACUGUGAAUUCAGUAUAUGCAUUUUGUUUCUAAGGUAUGUUCAUAGUUUCAUUAGGGAAAUCCUUGAGCUUAUUGUUUAUAGUAUAUUAAUGUUUUAAUUUAUAAUAUUUUUAUAGACUUUUUGGGGGGGCUUUUCUUUGUAAAAAUAUUAAUGGAACCGAUCCCUUUGUGUGAGGUCUAUGCACCCCAGUGUUUUCAUAAUGAGGUGGUUUUUAAAAGUCAAAAUGCUGCAAAUAUCAUAAUACAAACCAUAUCAUUAAACAUUCUUUAUUAUAGAUCA